AAACGGUAGACUACCAUGAAGACUAUCAUUCUGAACUUCCUCGUAUCGCUUUUCUUCGUUAGGAUCCAGACGCAAACUCACCGGAGGCCUAAACCGGUUUUUACCUGUGGUGGAAAUUUUACUGGAGACUCCGGCGUCAUCGGUAGUCAGGGAUACCCAGGUGUCUACCCAGCGAAUGCGAAAUGCGUGUGGAGAAUUACGGUGACACGCGGCAAGGUGGUGGCUUUGUCAUUCCGAGUGCUUGACCUGGAGAGUGACACCCUGUGCAGGUAUGACUAUGUUGACGUGUAUGAUGGACACCUCCAUGGCCAGAGGCUGGGGCGUUUCUGUGGUACCUCCAGGCCAGGUGCCUUGGUCACCAAUGGCAACAAGAUGCAGGUGACCAUGGUGUCGGAUGCCAACACAGCUGGCAGUGGAUUUAUGGCUGUUUUCUCCGCUGUGCGUCCCAACGAGAAAGGAGAUCGAUACUGUGGAGGGCUCCUGGACCGUCCGUCAGGGUCCCUGAAGACACCCAACUGGCCUGACAAGGACUAUCCGGCAGGUGUCACCUGCACCUGGCAUAUUGUGGCCCCCCGAAAUCAGGUCGUCGAGCUGAAGUUUGAAAAGUUUGACGUGGAGAGGGACAACUACUGUCGCUAUGACCACGUAGCCAUCUUCAACGGAGCGGAGGCGAACGACGCCAGCCGCAUCGGGAGGUACUGCGGUGACAGCCCUCCUGCCCCAAUUUACUCUGAUGGCAACCAUCUCCUCAUUCAGUUUCUGUCCGAUCUGAGCUUGACUGCCGACGGCUUCAUCGGCCACUACCAGUUCAAGACCAAGAGUUCCCUCCUCACCAAGGCACCUCCUCUCUUGGCCACGGCCGCCACGACACCUGCCACCACCACAAGGCCUAUGGUAUUAGCAUAUUCAGAGGCCCUGUGCAAGCAGAAGUGCAGGAGGACCGGCGUGAUUGACACACACUUCUGUUCCAGCAACUUCGUGAUAACAGGCACACUGGUGUCGGCGGCUGUGCGUGAGCAAAGCGUGCACGCGGUGCUCUCCGUCAUCACCAUCUACAAGCAGGGGGAGCUGGCCAUCCAGCAGGCCGGCAAGAGCCUCAGCACCCGCCUGGUCAUCCUGUGCCGCAAGUGUCCUCUGGUCAGGCGAGGCCUGAACUACAUCGUAAUGGGCCAGAUUGAUGAGGAGGGGAGGGGAGUGAUCACGCCCAACAGCUUCGUGAUGGCCUUCAAAGGGAAAAGGCACCGAGAGCUGAGCGUGCUGAAGAAUAUCAACUGCUGAAACUCCCGAGGAAAGAGAGAGAGCGAGAGAGAGGAGAG